AUGCAGAGAUUCAAAGCUCUGCUACCACGAACUAGAUUCUCUUCUCCCUCGCUCUUUUCUAAUAGUCGAGCUUUCUCCGCUCAACCAGGUUACGCUGAACGCAAUGACGACGACGAAGAUUCCCAAAACCAGAUUUUGGUUGAAGGACGAGCGAAAUCGCGUACAGCUAUUCUCAACAGGCCAUCUUCUCUGAAUGCGCUCACUACUUCAAUGGUUGCUAGGUUGAAGAGGCUUUAUGAUUCGUGGGAAGAAAACUCUGAUAUUGGCUUUGUUCUAAUGAAGGGUAGAGGCAGCGCUUUCUGUUCGGGUUCGGAUGUUGUUAACCUGUAUCACUCGCUCAAUGAAGGAAAGGCUGAAGAAGCUAAAGAGUUUUUUAGAACGUUAUAUUCAUUCGUAUAUCUCCAAGGGACAUAUCUUAAACCACACGUUUCUAUUUUGAAUGGAAGGACAAUGGGCUGUGGAUCUGGAAUUUCUCUUCCAGGGAUGUUCCGUGUAGUGACUGAUAAAACUAUUUUUUCCCACCCAGAGGCUCAAAUAGGCUUCCACCCUGAUGCUGGAGCUUCUUACCUUUUGUCUCGUCUACCCGGCUACUUAGGGGAAUACUUGGCCCUUACAGGAGAUAAGCUUAAUGGUGUAGAAAUGAUUGCCUGCCGCCUAGCUACACAUUAUUCACUGAAUGCUAGGCUUGCUUGGCUUGAAGAACGCCUUGGUAAACUAGUCACAGACGAUCCAUCUAUUGUAGAGGCAUCCCUUUCACAAUAUGCUGAUCUCGUUUAUCCCGAGAGAAACGGCAUCCUUCACAAGAUUGAUACUAUAGAUAGAUGUUUCAGUCAUGAUACAGUGGAGGAAAUCGUUGAAGCUUUGGAGAAAGAGGCAGCUGAUUCUUUAGAUCAAUGGUGUUUGACAACUCUCAGGAAACUAAAAGAAGCCUCCCCAUUGAGUUUGAAAGUUAUUUUACAAUCUAUUCGGGAAGGUAGAUUUGAAACUCUUGAUCAAUGUCUUGUACGUGAGUAUCGUGUAUCUGUUCGAGCAAUUUCCAAGCAGGUUUCCUCUGAUUUCACUGAGGGUGUUCGAGCACGAAUGGUUGAUAAGGAUUUUGCACCAAAGUGGGAUCCACCUAGUUUAAAAGAUGUAUCAGAGGACAUGGUUGACCAUUAUUUCUCUCCGUUUGGCGAAUUUGAGCCUGAACUGGUCCUGCCUACAGCAUUGAGAGAACCUUACAUGUGA